AGGGAUUUUCUUCCACGAGGUUCUGGAAUUGUAACAAGACGACCACUGGUCUUGCAACUCAUCACUGCCAAAACAGAGUAUGCUGAAUUUCUACACUGCAAAGGGAGGAAAUUUACUGAUUUUGAUGAAGUUCGUCAGGAAAUUGAAGUAGAAACAGAUAGAAUAACAGGAGUGAACAAAGGCAUUUCUUCAAUUCCUAUUAAUUUAAGAAUAUAUUCUCCACAUGUAUUAAGCCUGACCCUUAUUGAUUUGCCGGGAAUCACUAAAGUGCCCGUAGGGGAUCAGCCUCCAGAUAUUGAGCAACAGAUCAGAGACAUGAUAAUGCAGUUCAUCGCUCGAGAAAACUGUCUGAUACUGGCUGUGACUCCAGCUAACACUGAUCUGGCCAACUCGGAUGCACUGAAGUUAGCAAAGGAAGUGGACCCUCAAGGCCUUAGGACCAUCGGUGUGAUCACAAAACUGGAUCUGAUGGAUGAAGGAACAGAUGCAAGAGAAAUUCUAGAAAACAAACUGCUUCCUCUUCGUAGAGGUUAUAUUGGUGUUGUAAACAGAAGCCAGAAAGACAUUGAUGGGAAGAAGGACAUAAAGGCAGCUCUUCUAGCAGAAAGGAAAUUCUUUCUUUCCCACCCAGCAUAUAGGCACAUGGCAGAUCGGAUGGGAACACCAUAUCUCCAAAAAGUUCUAAACCAGCAACUUACCAAUCAUAUUCGGGAUACCCUGCCAGCCUUCAGAAGCAAACUCCAGAGCCAGCUGCUUUCUAUAGAGCACGAAGUAGAGGUAUACAAAAACUUCAGACCAGAAGAUCCAACCAGAAAAACAAAAGCCCUGUUGCAGAUGGUACAACAGUUUUCAGUGGACUUUGAAAAAAGGAUCGAAGGAUCAGGAGAUCAGGUUGAUACACUAGAACUUUCAGGAGGUGCCAAAAUCAAUCGUAUUUUCCAUGAACGUUUUCCUUUUGAACUAGUGAAGAUGGAAUUCAAUGAGAAGGAACUGCGGAGAGAAAUAAGUUAUGCCAUCAAGAACAUACAUGGUAUCAGAACAGGUUUGUUUACUCCAGAUAUGGCGUUUGAAGCCAUUGUUAAAAAACAGAUAGUCAAGCUGAAAGGACCUUGCUUAAAAAGUGUGGAUCUGGUCAUGCAAGAGUUAAUCAACACUGUCAAGAAGUGCACUAAAAAGCUGGCAACAUAUCCAAGGUUGUGUGAGGAAACAGAAAGAAUCGUUGCUGGCUACAUUCGUGAAAGAGAAGAGAAGACCAAGGAUCAGGUGCUGCUGCUGAUUGAUAUCCAGGUUUCUUAUAUCAACACCAACCAUGAAGACUUCAUUGGCUUUGCAAAUGCCCAACAAAGAAGCAGUCAGGUUAACAAAAGUGCAGUGGGAAAUCAGCCACAGGUCAUCCGGAAAGGCUGGCUGACCAUCAACAAUAUUGGCAUCAUGAAAGGAGGAUCCAAGGAAUACUGGUUCGUUCUAACUGCAGAAAGCUUGUCCUGGUAUAAAGAUGAUGAG